GGGAUAUAAUGGCUCUCAUGGUCAGCUUUCCACUUCCAGUUCUCGAACAAUGGCGUUCAAUGCAGUUCUUCUCCUUGCUGGGGGUGUGCUGCUGCUUUUACUAGCUGUCUGUCUACCUCCAGGGCCACCGACUUGUUCUCUCAUUGGCAACCUCCACCAAAUUCCAAGGACGGGCGCUCAUUAUAGAUUCACCGAAUGGAGUAAGACCUAUGGCGGCAUCUUCUCUCUCAAGCUCGGCCCUGUCACGGCCGUGGUCAUUACUGAUCGACGUCUCGUGAAGCAGCUGCUCGACAAAAAAGGCAACCUGUACAGCGACAGACCGAACGUGUACGUCUGGAGUGAGCUCAUCACCGGGGGCGACCACCUUCUGAUGAUGAAGCAUGGCGAGAAAUGGCGGCUGCUACGACGGCUGAUCCACUCACAUUUCAACGAGGCGCGCGUCGCGCGAGAGCACGUCAGGCUCGUCGAGGCUGAGGCGGCGCAGAUGCUGCAUGAUGUUUUGAUGGCCCCUGGCGACCUGAUGAUGCAUCCCAAGCGUUCCAGCAAUAGCAUCAUCAACAGCCUCGUGUACGGCAUCCGCACACCGUCAGUGUGCACGCCGCACAUGGUGCAGCUCUACACCAUCACGGAGGAGUGGUUGCAAGUCAUGGAGAUGGGUGCGAGGCCGCUCGUUGACAUGUUCCCGUUUAUUAAAUGGGUUCCAGAGGUGCUACUGGGCGGAUGGAAAACGCGUUCGCGGUCGCUCCACAAGCUGACAGUAGCGCUGCACGGGGACAUGAUGAAGAGAGUGCGUAAGAGACGUGAGACCGGGCGCCACACCUGCUUCCUCGACGCCGUGCUCAACUCAAUUGAGUCCGCUUCGUUUACCCUUAGCGACAACGAGCUUAUGCUCCUGGCCGGCGUGCUGAUUGAAGGCGGCUCCGACACCUCGGCAGCAUUUCUGCUCGCUUUCCUACAAGCCAUGGCUACACACCCGCACGUCCAGCGCCGUGCCCACGUAGAGAUUGACGCUCUUCUUGGCUGCUCCUCUGCCCGCUCUCCUAGAUGGGACGAUUACGACGGCCUUCCGUACGUCACGCAAAUUGUCAAGGAGACGAUGCGCUGGCUUUCAGCCAUGUCGCUGGGAAUCUCGCGCGCCACUACCGCUGAUGACAUGGUUGAUGGCUACAACAUCCCAAAAGGCACCAUUGUGAUCCUCAACGUCUGGGGCCUGCACCAUCCACCCCAUGACGCCACUGCUUUCGUCUUCGAUCCCGAGCGCUUCGUCAACCAGACUGCCCCGGCGGCUACGUACGCGGCAUCAGGAGACUACGCGACACGCGACCACUACAGCUACGGUGCUGGCCGACGUCUGUGUCCCGGGAUCCAUCUGGCUGAGCGUAAUCUCUUCAUUGGCGUCGCAAAGUUGCUCUGGGCUUUUGAUUUCGAGGCCGACGGGGAAAUCGAUACCGACUCGCGCACGGGAUAUUCCCAGGGUAUCUUGCACUGUGCAAAGCCGUUUUCGUGCAAGGUCAGGGUCAGAAGCAAGGACGUGAGAGACGUGGUCUUGAGUGAGUGGGUGAAGGCGAAGGCGGUAGUGGCGGAGUUUGAUACUUAGAUUGGGCUGAUGGAUCUUAGGGUACGGACCGACCUAAGCUACUGUGGCUUGCUGAUAAGACCGCGCAGUUUCGUUACUCGCGACCAUCGUUGAGUACGAUAUGGGAUCAAAACCUAGAGGAAACGCUUGUAUAAUGCGCUUGGAAGGCGACUAAUCCUCGCUCGUGACCGG